UCUGAGCAAGCAUUGAAAACACAUGUUAAUUCUACAUUAAACUACAAUUAAAGUAUAACAAUAUUCAUUAUAUAAAUAAACCUAAAUCCCUAGUUAUAUAAACUACAUGGUGGCAGCUUGGAGAACAAGUGGACACGUUUUACGUUGUUAAAACGUCGAAAAUAAUUGCUAAACAAGAAAAAAGUUGAGGUUAGAAACGGGUACACCUAAAUUAAAACGAUGUCGUUCAAACAACCAGAACAAUUUAACCCUGGUGAAUACUGCGCCCAGUCUUGGGAAAAGUGGAGACAGAGUUUUGAAUUGUUCAUGGAUGCCGAGGAUUUGAACAGCAAGCCGGUGAGACGACAACGAUCAACCCUUCCUUACGUUUUGGGACCAAUUGGUUUAGAAUUGUAUAAUACUUUCGUCUUUGUAGAUGAAGAAGGAGAAAAACUCGCAGGUGAUGCUAUAUCUGUUGAAAUCAUACUGGACAGUUUUUCACAGCACUACAAACCAUUUAAGAAUGUAACAUACGCCAGGUACAAAUUGUUUUCAGAAAAGCAGAAGGUUGACCAAACAAUUGACGAAUUUGUAACAAUUUUAAAGGUCCUGGCAAAAGAAUGGGAACUAGGAGCAUUGACUGAAGACCUAAUGACUCACUGCAUCAUAGUGGGGGUUCUAGAUGAAAAGCUUAAAAGCAGAUUGCCAAAUUUAGAUCAGAUCAAAUGA